CUCUCAACCACUCAUCCCACCCAUAAUCAUCCUCCAUCUAGAUACUUAAGGAACACACUAGGAUGGCUGCUUGCGUAGUAUGCGGCGACGACGAAAAGGAGGAUGCGCCACUCCGAAAGACCAGCUGCGGCGAGCACUGGAUGUGCGAUGUGUGUCUUGAACAAGUUUUCGACCUUGCGAUUCGCGACGAGUCUAAGUACCACCCGCGGUGCUGUGACGCGCAAUUCUCCGUUCUGUUGAUCGACGAUUUCGAGGACUACCUACCAUUUGAGCUCGCGUUUGAUUACAGGGUGAAGGAGCGGGAGUAUAGCAUUCAAUCUCGGUCACGCACUUAUUGCGGCAACAAGACAUGCGGCCAUUUCAUCCACCCAGAUAGCUACAAGCAAGAUCCGGCCGACUCGGCGCUUUGCGAUGCGUGCAAUGCACUCACGUGCAUCAAGUGCAUGACGCUAAUCGAUUAUGAAGGACCUCAUACGUGCGCGAUUUCGGAUGCCGAAGUCAAAUUCCAGGAGGCGGUCAAAGAGCACAAGUACCAACGAUGUACUUGCAAAUAUGUCAUCGAGUUGUCAGAGGCCUGCAACCAUAUUACCUGCAAGUGUGGCCGCGAAUUCUGCUACAUCUGUGGCGAGGAUUGGGAAGGUUAUCAUGGAUGCCCCUCCUACGGUCAUCCUCAAUAUGAUGACGAUGGAUACAAUCAGGACGGAUUUCAUAAAGACACCGGUCUGAAUCGCAACGGCUUCACUCGUCAAGGGCAACAAGAACACGAUCGCUUCGGAGACACCGGUUUCGACGAUGAGGGCUUCGACCGAGAGGGAUUUGACGAGGAUGGUAGGGACCGCAACGGCUUCAAUCGAGAUGGCUGGGAUGACGCUGGCUUUGACGUGAACGGAUUUAAUGCUGAGGGCCUCAAUGCAGAUGGACUUCCAAGAAUGCCCGCUGAUAUGCUGGAAGAGCAUAGGAUGGCGAUGGAUGCUCGGAACAUUGAGCUUGGUAACUUUGAGGCAGAACAAGAAGAAGAGGAGGGGACGGAGAGCUCCGUGAGCUCUGAGGAAGGUGAUGGCGAUGAAAAUGAGGGACAAGAGCCAACUGGCGAGGCUGUCACAGAGAACGAAGAGAACGAGGGGGAAAGUGACGGGGAAGAGGACAAUGGUGUCCCUACGGAAGAAGACCUCGGCGGCAAUCCCACCGAGGCACGUAACUUGGCCGGCGAGCCUCAAUCUCCAAGCCAUAACGGCUCGAACGAAGGCGAGGACGACCGCAUGCUUCAGGACUUUGGCGACGACGAGGACCCGCAUCAUGGCACGCCGUCGAGUGAUGAGGGGUUCCUUAAUCUGACAGCUAGGGAACAGCUCGCCCAAGCAUUCGCGAAUGCCAGUAGCGAUGACUUGCCGCCGAGUCCGAAGAUGAUGGACAUUGACCAAGGAGACAGCUUCGAAGAGAGCGCCGAGAUCAAGGAGCUUGUGGUGAUAGGUGAGGGACAAGAUAUUCACCAGGAGGGUGAUGUUGAUGGGACCUCGACUCAUCAAGGAAACGUCGGACAAGGAUCCACCGCAUUGUACGGUAGCCAGAGCUUCUCUGGCACGACCAACGUAGGUAAUACGGCUCAGGGCCCACAAUAGGUAAAGACACUUGCACAUCUAGGUGGUUUGCAUUCUCACGGUUCGAGUUGAUCCCCUUUGGUCAACCUUCUGAGCCGAUCUUGCCAGUUUAGAGUUAGUGUUUAUCAUAGCCCUAUAUCCGUUUCUUUUUUAUCAAAUUCUCCAUAUAGAGAUAGCUUUUGUAACGGGCGUAUGGCCGGUCCACGAUUACAAUGGUAAAUGAGCUGGUAAGCUCCUGGAUUUACUAAUUGGGAUGCUCCUAUUUCCUUGCUUUGUUAUCAACUGCAUGUUUAUGGUGCAAACGAUCUUCUUAUAGUCCUUCUUGGAGCUACGAUGGAAGUUAGAAACUUGUCAUCACCUGAAAUAUGAAUAUUCUAC